UUUAUGUGAUUUCUCAGUAAACAUUGUAUGAGAAAAUAAAUAGAUAAAAAGUUGAUUGCGUAAUACAGAUAACGAUUUUGUGGCCCACUAGUAGUAUGGAAAUUUGCCGACCAAUAAAACACUGAUCAAUAUUAGCCUAAUCUUUUUAAAGGAUGCCCUGCUUUUCUUAAAGUUUGUCUACACUGACAAACCUAACUUCUAGUCGUCUCGCUUGCAACACACACGAUGGAUCCAACUUUCGUACCUCCAAAAAUCCUAAUAACGAAUCCCACCGUCCCCCAAAUCGCACUUGACUUAUUAGGGCGAGGUUGCGAAUUAAUCCACACCAAGGAUGACAAAAGAGAGUCAAUUCUUGAAAAAGUAGCAGGUGUUGAUGCGAUCCUUUGGGCGACUAAGACAAAUCUUGAUGUAGAAAUCCUAGACAAGGCUGGCCCUCAGAUGAAGACAGUAGGGACCAUGUCGGCAGGAGUCAACAAUAUUGACGUUCCUGAAUUAAAAAGACGAGGAAUUAGAUUGGGGAAUACUCCACAGAUUCUCGACGAUGCCGUUGCCGAUGUUGCUAUUCUUUUGGCUCUGGGGGCGGCGAGAAGACUCCACGAGGGGCGCUUGAAAAUAGAAAAGAACGAGUGGACCCCCGGAUUGUCCUGGUUGUUGGGUCAAGACGUCACGAGUUCUGUUGUUGGGAUUGUGGGACUUGGGGGGAUAGGGCAAGCUAUAGUAAAAAGAAUGAAGGGUUUUUCCGUCAGGAAGUUUUUGUAUACCGGCCAUCGGGAGAAACCGGAAGGGAAGGAACUAGGGUGUGAAUUUGUUUCUCUUGAAACUUUGGUAAAAGACAGCGAUUUUGUUAUCGUUUCGUGUCCUUUGACUUCUGAGACGAAAUCGAUGUUCAACGAUUCGAUUUUUGAUAAAAUGAAAAAAACCGCUGUUUUUGUUAAUGUGAGUCGUGGAGAAGUCGUGGAUCAGGAUGCUCUGAUCCGGGCUCUCAAAUCUGGAAAAAUUUUCGCUGCUGGUCUUGAUGUUAUGACCCCAGAGCCUCUACCACCGGACCAUGAACUUGUCAAAUUACCCAAUGUUGUUUUGUUGCCCCAUUUGGGGAGUGCUACCGAGUCUACGAGGAAAGGGAUGGCCGAGAUAACCGCUCAUAAUAUUCUUCGAGGGAUUGUAGGUGAAGAGAUGUUUGCUGAAGUUUGUUGAUUUUAUUCACCAUAAAAACUUUAUACAUUUAUUACAACAGAUAUAUUGUCAGUCA